AUGGACACCGACCUUAAGAAGUUCAUCCGCGGCCACCACCAGAGCCAUGAGAAGAUCCCUGAGCAGACCACCAAGGUGGUGGUGAUUCGCUUGCUUGGUCAUGGAAAAUUUGUCCGAUUUGUCAGUACCCCAGAGGUCCUGGAGUGGAUGACAACAAUAGAGUCUAAGAAAUUGCAGAUUGAGGAUGCGAUUGCUGUCCAGGGCAAUGACAAUCUUGGUUUGAGAUAUGUGGAAUACCAUAAUGGGAAAUCGUUGGAUUGCUUGGAAGGAUUGCAUUCUUACUCCCAUUAUAACUUGCUGCAAAAAAUGCUGCGAUACGAGUCGGCGAAGCGUAUCUCUGCCAAGAAGGCCUUGGAGCAUCCAGACUUCAGUGAUGUGAACAAGGAGCUGUAUGAAGCGAUUCAGCUAGUAGGAAAUCCAUCCAUGGAGAGCCUUCAUGACUUAAACAUGAAUGCAUAG